AUGGGUUGUCUAGCAUGGUCUUAUCAACUUCUCUUCCUCUAUUUUUUCCUCUUUCAUUCUCAAACUUUUGCAACACUCUGCCCUCAUCACCAGAGUUUUGCUUUACUCCAAUUCAAGCAACUCUUUUCCUUCAAAUUCAAAAACACAUCUUCUCUUCUUUGUGAUGAACCUUAUCCAAAAAUGACGUCUUGGAAAGAGGAUGAUGAUUGUUGCUCUUGGCAUGGAGUCACAUGCAAUAGGGUCACGGGUCAUGUGAUUGAUCUUGACCUUAGUUGUAGUUGGCUUUACGGAAACAUCCCUCCUAAUAGUAGCCUCUUUUUCUUUCCUCAAUUGCAAAGACUCAAUCUAGCUUUCAAUGAUUUCAAUCUUUCUCGAAUUUCACCUUAUUUUGGUCAAUUGAUCAGUUUAACACAUCUUAAUCUCUCUAUCUCAAAAUUUAUUGGUCCUAUUCCAGCUGAAAUUUCUCAUUUAUCUAAUUUGGUUUCACUAGACAUCUCAAGCAGUUACUCUUUCCCCAUAAGAAAUAAUGUCUACAUGUUUGAAGAUGUUCCCAUGAGUAUUGAAAGGCAUGUCUUUGAAAGACUAGUUCAAAAUCUAACCGUGUUGAAAAACCUUGAUCUCUUAUUUGUAGACUUGUCUACCAUUAUACCGAAUUCAUUGAUGAAUUUAUCUUCCUCUUUGACUUACCUACAUCUUUCUUAUUGUAAUUUGCAGGGGAACUUCCCAACUCACAUCCUUUGCCUACCAAAUCUACAGAUCCUUCUGUUAAGAGGUAACUUCAACUUGACAGGUAAUUUUCCCAAAUUUAAUUGGAGUAGUCCACUCAAGUCUUUGGAAGUCUCCGACAUGAGCUUUUCGGAACAAUUACCAAAUUCGAUUAGCAAUCUCUUGUCCUUGAGGGAAUUGUCUCUUGACAAUUGCACUCUAGUGGGAUCAAUUCCCACAUCACUUGGAAACCUUACACAACUUAGUCUUUUGAGUCUCAGGUAUAACAAAUUCAGUGGUCAAAUACCAUCGUUUCUUUCAAAUUUUGUCCAGCUUCGUUUUUUAGAUCUUUCAGAAAAUUAUUUUAUUGGUCAAUUGCCAAAUUUUUUUGUGAAUAUCACACAUCUACAUAUUUUAGAAUUGUCAAGCAAUCAACUGAGUGGCCCAAUUCCUUCUCAUGGCAAUGACCUUCAAAAUGUAACUGAUGUUUUUUUAAACAACAACCACCUCAAUGGUACAAUACCAUCUUGGUUAUUCACUCUACCAUUAUUGGAAAUCUUGGACCUUAGUGAUAACCAAUUAACUGGCCAUAUUCAUCAAUUUCAGAGUAAAUCUUUGAUUGAAUGGCUUUGUUUGGAAAAUAAUAGAUUCAAUGGCUUUAUUCCAAGUUCAAUCUUUGAACUAGUGAAUUUAGAGACUCUCUUUCUUUCUUCAAACGAUUUCAUUGGGAAUGUUGAGCUUCACUUAUUCUCAAAACUAAAAAGUCUUUGGCAGCUUGAUCUUUCUUAUAAUAGUCUAUCAAUUAACUUUGCAUUCAAGGCUAACUCAUCCUUUCCACAACUUCAAACUUUGAUUUUAUCUGGUUGCAACUUGAGUGAAUUCCCAAGUAAAACGAAAUUAAAGGGUAACUGGCCCUUUCCACAACUUUAUAAUUUGGCUUUAUCUGGUUGCAACUUGAGCGAAUUCCCAAGUAUCUUAAGAAGUGUAAAUCAAUUAUGGCGGUUGGAUCUCUCUAAUAAUAAAAUCAGUAGUCCAAUACCUAAUUGGAUGUGGGACAUUGGAAAAGAUACUUUGUCAUAUCUAAAUCUUUCCCACAACUACCUGACCACCAUAGAGCAACUUCCAUGGAAGAAUCUUGAUACUCUAGACCUUCAUUCAAACAUGCUCCAAAGAUCACUUCCAAUUCCACCACCUUCACUAGAAAUCUUGUUGUUGUCAAACAACAAAUUUAUUGGAGAGAUACCACAUUUGAUCUGUAAUUUGAGUGUCAUACAAAUUCUAGAUCUCUCUAAUAAUAGCUUGGGUGGUAACAUUCCAAAAUGCAUGGGAAACUUUAGCAGUCUUCACGUCUUGGAUUUGAGGAAAAAUAAACUCAAUGGCACCAUUCCAGGAAGCUUUGCAAAGGGUAGUCUUUUGAGGACCCUCAACUUCAACGAGAAUGAAUUGGAAGGGCCAAUCCCCCGAUCUUUGGUCAAUUGUACGAUGCUUGAAGUUUUAGAUGUCAGCAACAAUAAGGUAAUUGAUACCUUCCCAUAUUGGCUACAAAGUCUUCCUAAAUUGCAAGUUCUCAUACUUCAUUCAAAUAAAUUUUAUGGUUCUUUGUGGGGUUGCUCAGAGACAAAGCGAUGUUUCCCUAAGUUGAAAGUAUUUGACCUUUCAAACAACAAAUUUCGUGGUCCAUUGCCUGCCUGGUAUUUCAAAAAUCUUCAAGCCAUGAGAGAUGUUAGUGAAAGUGAUAGGAAGUUGGAGUAUAUUGGUGAAACUUAUUAUCAAGAUUCUAUAGUAGUAACAUUGAAAGGGUAUGAGAUUGAAUUAGAGAAAGUUAUUUCGAUUUUCACUACCAUUGAUUUUUCAAAUAAUAACUUUCACGGUGAGAUUCCAGAAGUAAUUGGGAAGCUUCAUGCACUUCAUCUUCUCAAUUUUUCUCACAACAAUCUAUCAGGUCGUAUCCCUUUAUCCUUUGAAAAUUUGACAGCUCUUGAGUCAUUAGACAUCUCUUUCAACCAACUUUCAGGAGAGAUUCCUAAUCAGUUGAUAAGUCUAUCAUUUCUUUCAUUAUUGAACCUCUCAUACAACCAACUCACGGGACCUAUUCCUCGAGGAAAUCAAUUUGACACAUUUCAAAAUGAUUCCUAUAUUGGAAACCCUGGGUUGUGUGGACCGCCAUUGUCGAAAAAAUGUACAAAUGAUGAGUUGCAGUCACCGAUACCAUCAAUCUUCCAAGAUGAAGGAAAUGAUUUGAGUUGGUUCGAUUGGAAAAUUAGCUUGAUGGGUUACGGAUCUGGUCUUGUAUUAGGCGUUUCUACAGGAUAUAUUGUGUUCACAACAAGGAGGCCACAAUGGUUUGUAAGGAUUGUUGAAAGAUUGCAGGCAAGGAUGCUGAGAAGGUUGAACAGAAAAUACAGGGGAAGAAGAAUUUAAUUUCAAAAAGUUUGAUUGCAUGGGAUAACAGCAUCUGGGAGAGAGCAUGAGAAGCUACCACAUGUAACCUUUAAACUUGAAUUUAGGAGUUGAAAUGUUUGAAGUUUCUGAUGUAUGAAUAAAUAAGUGUUAAAAUUUCCUGGAAUGUAGUGUAAAAUAAUGUAGUUUGAAGCAUUUCAGUUUUAUAGAAGUGACUGAAAUUCCUGUCCACCUUACAUUGAUAUGGAAUCUACUCUUAUUUCUAUUAAA